AGCAAAAGAGAAAUUUUUGUCUGCGUUUACAAAUAAAUUUGAAUGGGUUGACAAAACUUUUUAAUUGAUAGAUUUUGUACUCGAUUAUAGAAUAAAAGUGUGCAUAAAUAUGAAUGUGAAACCAAUAAUUACAUAUUCGGGAGCUGGGCCAUUAUUUCGUUCUUUGGAAGCACAAAUUCUUAACGCUAUUCCACUAGAUACCUGCGAAUGGAGACGCACAUUUCAUCGCCCCACCAAGCAAGUGCGUUUAGAAGCGCAAGCACAACCUUUCAACAUAAGCGUGUUGGAAAAGUAUAAGAAAGGAGAAUGGAGUAUACUGGAGCACCCAAUUUUACAUAUAUUCGUUACGGAGUGCAAUGAUUUGGAUACUUAUAAGGCAAACGCGCAUGAUGCAAUUAAAAAUUGGUUAAAGCAGUUGACAGCAUUUGGUAUUUCUGAUUGGAUGAUAUUAUUAGUGGAGACCCUGGAUGUACGCAAAGCUAAAAACAUAUUACCACGUACGACAGUGUUGGAUAAAAUACGACAAGAUUUUGCUACGAAGAAUGACGAUCGUUGUAUCUCGGUGCUAAACCCUGCGAAAUUUGAACAAAAAUCUGCCGAAUCUUUCCGUUGUUUAGUCCAACGCAUCAGGUUUUUAAUGCUCGCUAGUUAUAAUCGCAAUAUUGCUAAAUAUGAGGAACUCAUACGUAGUAGACGAGAAAAACGAAAUCAUGAAGGCUGGGACUUUCGCCAAUAUUUCUUUAUGCAAGAAGACUUAGCACUUGUAUUUGAGAAACUUGAAUUACACACCGAAGCACUUAUACAAUAUGACGAGUUGGACGCCAUUUUUUCACAAUUUAUAACUAACUCGGGUUUUGGCGAAAAACAAAAAUGGUUGGAAUACUUCAAGCAACCAUUAUGCUCUUUUCAUGGUAUCUGUUUAAAUCGACGAGAUAAAUUUGAAAUACGCAAAAAAAUUAAAGACAGUCCCGUAUCCAUCUUGGAAUUUCGCAAUUAUCUGUUUGAGCGUCAAGCGCAUCUUUUGCAGCAAAACAAUCAAACACCCGAAAUUGCUAGAAGACUGUUAAAUUUCUUAUUUUCUACUUUACGUGAAAUAGAACUUGUUAAAUUAGAUACUCCGGAGGGUGCUCUGUCAUGCUGGGAAUUCGUUUGUGCUUUGGAAGUGCUGCAAACAUGUGAGCAGGCCAUGGAACCGAAUGAAGUUAUCUGUUUUCAACAUUGCGCUCCCAUCUGGAAUCUAGCAAAGGAUAAAUUAUACGAAUUGGGAAAAUUGUGUGGUCUACUCCCCGGCUUUACGCCMACGUCCGAACAGUUGCACAUCGUCGUACAGUURUCAGCGGGCAUUGGUGACUCACCGCUAGAACAGUCGCAGUUUUUGAAUCCCACACCGCAGAUCUCAGAGCAAAGACGCGACCGCUCACCUAAUCGUCGACCUAAGAAAUCGGCAACAGAUCAACUGAAGGAAGCUUUAGGAUCUAAUCAAGCAUUUGAAAAACUUUAUCUAGAAUUGGCCGAAUUGGCUAUUAGCACAUACAAACACGUUUCACGAACUCGUUCAGCGCGUCUAGUGGGUUUGGACUUGGGUAAUUUUUAUUGUGCACUCAAUGAGCCACACAAGGCUGUUGGUUUCUUUACCGAUUUAUUGCGCGAAUUAAAGGCUGAAAAUUGGCAUACAUUAAGCUCCCAAACAUUGUUGGAACUAGCUAACUGCUACCGCAAAAUGGGGGAUUCGUUGGCCUAUACGAAAACGUGUAGUUCGAUUUCUUGUUGCCAAGAGUUGGAAAUGCUGGUACGCUCAUUUUAUUUCGAUGAGUUUCUCAAAUCGGUGAAGACAAUGACUACCACUUUAUCUGCACAACCUUCAAUGGAGAAUGCCAAUUACUGCGUGCUCGAGGAUCAUUUUCGCAUUUGUGAUAUAAAUGUGCUCAAUGCAGAACCCAUAAUACAGGAUGACAUAGUGUUAGUGCAGUUAAAAUUGGAGAGCUUGUAUCCGCGUGAAGUAGUCGCUGAAAGCAUACAAUUAUCCUACGAGAUGCAUGUCGCGYCACUGACUGGUGAUGUCACAACCCCACCAUCAAGGUUAGUGGUUAGUGCCACGAAAGAUGGAAAGCUUACUAAAGCACCAACGGCAUCGCCACUCAAAGAGUCGCGUUUGAAAAUGUCACUUCGUUUAGACUACAAAGAGAAUAAAACGCUGGAUUGCGCAUCGGUAGCAUGUGCCCUGCCCAAAGUCAAACAACCGGUGCGUCGCACAAGUAGCACCAAACGCAAGCUUUCGCCCAGUGUCCAGUCGGAUUUUACAAAUUUCGUAGUUGUGGAGAACAUCGCUAUACAACCGGGCACUAAUAUAAUCGAACUGAAAUCGAAAGCGACGCGUGUGGGCACAUGGGAUUUCAAACAGAUGCGCAUUUCUAUAUCUGAAYUGGAAUUCUUCUCCGAGCAUUUGCCUUUCAGAGUACCACCAUUUGUGAUCACUACCAAACCGGCUGAGGCAGUGCUGAACUUCAAGAAUUUAAUUGCYGGCAUUGAGCAGCCGGUACGCCUAACUGUUUCAGGCGGCAGUUUCAUUUUUCCAGCUGAUGCCAAAAUAACACUGAAAUGCUCAAAAAAUUUGCGCAUACGCAUGGCGCGUUCMAAGGAAAACAGCCAGYCACUUAGUGAUAAGGACGAUGUUCUUCAAGAAAACACCACAGACACAACAUCUAACAYUGUUGUACAAGAUGAUUCUACAUUUAGCAGUGUGCUGCAAGUGUCUUUGCACAAUUUCAAGUCUUUUGAGGAACGUGAAAUCCCUUUGGAAGUGCUAACCGAUUUGCCAGGCCGCAAAAUAUCGAAACAUUUGGAGCAUUACAUCACACUGACAUGCCCCUGGUCACGCAAUGAGCUGCAGAUUGCGAUWGAUUUUCAACCGGCSCUUGAGGCUCAAUGCCGACUGCAUACAUGUGGCACGCAAAAGUUUUUGCAUGUCGUCAUGAAGGGYCUGGAGGCGAAUUUAUACCUAACCGAGGCCAAGGUGAAAUGUGAUGUGGCGGGCGUGCGUUUAAUGGAUCUGAAUCCACCAACGCAAUCAUGUGUUCAAAUAUAUAAAGGUCUGACGGUUUCUUAUCUUUAUGAAAUUCAAGUGGAGCCUUUAAAGACGGAGAUAGAAUUGCCUGCGGUCAUCAAGGUGCACUUUAUAACAAAAUACUCAACCGUGGAAAAUCCACAAUUGUUACGCAACUACGGCUGCGCUUUCGAUUUGGUGGAUUAUACAACACUUUUCAAGGUGCAGACGCAACUUGAGCCGAACGAGCUGUGUCGUUUACGCUCAGUGUGUAAUUUGAAUUUGAAAAUUACCAAGGUGCAUGAAAAUCCCUACGUGGAUCUUAUGUACGAGGUGCUGAGUGAUCAGAAUUUAUGGGCAGUUUGUGGGCGCUCCGCAGGUGUCGUUUCAAUGAAAGAUGUGAAUAGUCACUCGAUUUCCUUGGAUGUGAUGCCAUUGAGUACGGGUUUCCUACCCAUGCCAAAUAUACGCUUGUCACGUUAUACAGCCGGUGGCAAAAACAAAACUGACACACAGUCCAAGGUGACCCCAUUUCCGCAAGGACAAGUAUACAAUAGCACCAAAAGCAUGCAGAUACACGUUAUAGCCAGCAGCAAUGGUGAACAAUAGAUUUAAAUGGAAAAAGAAAACAGGAAUGAAUAUUUAUCUACCAAUUACUAUAGUUAUUUUAUUCAAAGGCAAUCUGUGAAAGUAUUAUUGUUGCAAUAUUUUGGAAAAAAUAGUGUUCGUAUU